AUGGCUGUUAGCAGCGGAGUAUCGUUCGUGUUAUCGUCGAUUCUGACAGUUCUCGUAUUCUCUGGAAUGCAAAUGUAUAAAUCCUGGCUGGCAUCAUCGCAACUGUACACCAUAUUGGGAGGAUAUAUUGGGUCCAUCUUAUUUAUAUGCGUAUUAACUGCUAUAGGAAAUUUAGAAACUACAGUAUUUGGAAAAUCGUUUCAGCAGAAGUUAAUUCCUGAAGUUAUGUUCUCCUUAAUCAUUAGCCUAAUAGCAUCAGGAUUGGUACAUCGUGUUGCAACCACAACUUGCUUUUUGUUUUCCAUGGUUGCAUUGUAUUAUGUAAAUCGAAUCUCCCAAGAAACUUACUCUUUACCAGUGCCCGUACCAGUGGCUGUGCAUACAAAAAAGAGAAAAUAAAGGAACUAUGCCAUUUAAUGUAACUUUUUCAUUGCAGCAUUAUGCAUGAAAGAGAUUUCAAUGGAUGAUUUUGUACCUAUUUUAAAUUACGUACUAUUAUAUGGAAUUCAAGCACUUUGUUACCAAAUGUUUGUAAUUAUUGUAUACUUUUCUUAAAAUUGAUUAAAUGAGCUUGAGUACUU